ACAUCAUCAAAUAAUGAAAUAUAUGGAGUGAUACCUUAUAUUGCACCAGAAAUAUUUAAAGGAUCUUCAUUUUCUAAAGAAACUGAUAUUUAUUGUAUGGGCAUAAUUAUGUGGGAACUUACAACAGGUUGUAAACCUUUUGCUAAUGAAGAGCAUGAUAUUCAGCUUGUUUAUAAAAUUCUUGAUGGAGAACGACCAGUAAUUACAGAAGAUACACCAGAAUGUUAUGCAAAUCUAAUGAAAAGUUGUUGGAACCCGGACCCUAAAAAAAGACCAUCCAUAAAGAAAGUUCGCAAUACUCUU